CUGACCUCCUGGUGGUCCGAAAUCAAACCACCGGCAGCCAUUUCCGCCGUCGCCGUCGAUCUCCAUGGCGGCGCGGCUUCUUCUCCUCCGUACGACGGAGACAAACAGAACCUACCAAUCCAUACUCCACAACCUAAUCCCCAACCUACCAUCACCUCCGCUUUUCUCGACUCGCUGCAGAAAGAGCGAACACUUCUCCUCACCGCCGGCGCCGCAUCUCUUGUCGCCGCCGGCGAAGAAGGUGCUUUCCAAAGCAACCGCGCACGGCGUCGAUUGGCAAGAUCCUUACCGUUGGAUGUCAAACAUCAACGAUCCAGAUUUCACCAACUACCUCAACGACGAAAACUCAUACGCGGAAGCGUUUAUGCGAGACACGGAGGAAAUACAGAGGACUCUCUAUACAGAAAUGGUUUCCAGAUUGCCGGCGAGCAUUUCCACGCCGCCUCAACGCUGGGGAUCCUGGUUGUAUUACCAGAGCGUUCCCGAGGGGAAGGAGUAUCCUGUUCUGUGCAGGAAAUUAUCUGUGGAGAAGAAAGGUUGGGUAUACAGAGUGUUGGAUAGGUUCAGAGGAUUUGGAAAGGAACAGGUUAUGCUUGAUUUGAAUGAGAUUGCAGAAAAGCAUGGAUAUGUACAUGUAGGUACGUGCAAAGUAUCGCCCGACCACAAUUUUCUUGCAUAUACACUCGACACAACAGGAAGUGAACAGUUUAAGCUGCAGAUUAAGGAUCUUCGAAGUAACACUAUUCUCUCACGGCCGAGAGUUGAAGGUGUUGUUAGUUUAGCCUGGGCCGAGGAUAGCAAUACUUUAUUUUAUACUACAGUCGAUCAAAAUCAACGGCCAAACAGGGUGUUAUGCACCAAGGUCGGAUCAAAUUAUGAGGAUGAUUCUACAAUAUUUACCGAAAAUGAUUCUCGAUUUUGCCUAGACAUUACAAGUAUGAAGGACGGCAAGUUUGUGACGGUGAAUUCUAGUUCAAGGACUUCAUCUGAGGUUUAUAUUAUAGAUGCGACUAAUCCACAGUCGAGGCUGCAAAAGUUCUGCAAACGUGCUUCCGGAGUACAGUACUUUUUGGAACAUCAUGACAAUUUUUUCUAUGUCCUUACUAAUGCACCGAGAAGUACGCAUACAAAUUCCUCGAAUAAUGGUUACUACAUAGCCAUGUGUGGAGAUGAGGAUGCAAACUCAGAUAAACUAAAGAAUAUUAUUGCACCCGGUGAAGGUAUUUGCUUGGAAGAUAUGGACAUUUUUCGCGGACAUUUGGUCCUUUUCCUAAACAGGGCAGGCUUCCAUUCAAUAUGUUCUAUCAACAUUCCUACUAAUUUCGAAAAUGAGAAGGAAAUGUUAAUUGAUGAUUUGAAUCCUUGGUAUUUUCCUCUACCCUCAACUCUGUGCACGUUGACACCGGGAUCAAAUCACGACUUCAACAACACUGUAUUCCGUGCUGUACUUUCAUCACCCGUGACCCCUGAUCUCAUUGUCGACUAUGAUAUGUCAAGGGAAAGUUUCUGUGUGGUUCAGCAGGACGACGUGAGAAAUGUAUUGCAUAGUGAUACUAUAGAUUACAUUUCUACUUAUGACCACGACGCCAAGAAGCAGGUAGACACCUCAUACAAUGAGAAAGGUGUCUACGACAAUGGAGAUUGUAAGUUGAAGGAUUUCUCUGAGAAAUACGCCUUCGAAGUUAAGGAAGUGGUUUCACACGACGGUGUCAAUAUACCACUCACCAUUCUCUUCUCGCGAAGUGCAUAUCGAAAGGGACAGUCUCCUGCACUUCUUCAUGGAUACGGUGCUUAUGGUGAAAAUUUGGAUAAAAGCUGGUAUCCGGAUAGACUAAGCUUACUUGAUCGCGGUUGGAUGUUUGCUUUCUCAGAUGUAAGGGGCGGUGCUGGCCCCGAUCCUUCUUGGCAUGAAUCCGGUCGUGGAUUGAACAAGUUAAACUCCAUACAAGAUUUUAUAGCAUGUGGAGAAUAUCUCAUCAAUGAGGGCCUUAUCGACAAAAAUAAGUUGGCUGCUGUGGGUACGAGCGCCGGGUGUGUUCUUGUUGGAGCAGCCAUCAAUAUGCAGCCAGAAUUGUUUCGCGCUGUCAUUUUGAAGGCUCCUUUUCUUGAUGUUCUUAACACGCUAUUGGAUCCAAAUUUACCUCUUACAACUAUGGAUUACGAAGAGUUUGGGAAUCCUCAGGUGAAGUCCUACUUUGAGCACAUUCGUAAGUACUCGCCUUACGACAACAUUCUUCCGGGACUUUGCUGUCCUUCGAUGCUUGUUUCAGCGUCACUCAAUGAUUCACGGGUCGGUGUUUGGGAAGCUGCUAAAUGGGUUGCCAAGAUUCGAGAUAUAUCAUGUCCCGACUGUUCUUCUUCGGUCAUACUGAAGACAGAUAUGGCCGGGGGGCACUUCGGCGAAGGUGGCCGUUAUGCUCAUUGUUUAGAAACAGCUUAUGAAUAUGCUUUUCUGAUGAAAGCAAUUGAAACUAGGAAUAGGACCUAAGUAAUCAGUACUGAUCCUUCUGUUUUAGCAUUACUCAGAUAGGUUUAUCAACUAACAAGUAUACCGAUCAUUUUUCAAUGAUAUCUACGCUGCUCGGAUUCGAGCAAUCACCACAGUCGAUAGGUUUAUCAACUAACAAGUGUAUUGGACAUUUUUAAAUGAUGUCUAUGUUGCUCGGAUUCGAGCAAUCACUACUGCACACGAGGCAUAUUCACUUAAGCUAUUCUAAUUAAAAUGUUACGCCAUUCGUUUACUC